CAUUGGGGCAAAAGUCCGGAGAAAAUCGAUACUCGAGAUUGAGGGCCAAUCCGGACAAGAUGGCUGCCAGGUCGUAGGAGGUCAGAUCAACGAUCCGGAAAAAUGACGACGGCAUGUGCCGACAGUCCAUUGUCUAAUUUUGAACUGACAGGUUUGGGUGUUAAUCACAAUUCACCCGCCAUUGUCUUGCGGUAUAUUCCCUGGAAUGAUAGCAUAGGUACUGAUGCCACCGUGGUGGCUCAUCAUCCCGGACUGUAUAAGAACGGAUUCCUUGCUUGUUGUAAUUCACUGAAUACGGGAUGCCUCCUAGCUCCUCGCCAAAUGGAUAUUCCCCCCUCGAGCAAUUCCCUGUAGAACUCGUCUUCGAAAUCCUCUCAUACCUUAACGUCCCUACCAUCAAGCGACUUAGCCUCGUCUCUUCUACCCUCCGCCCCAUAUGCUUCCCCGCUAUCUUCCAAAGCAUAUCGAUCUCUGCCUACAGGACUCCACGAGAUUUCCUGACUGACAUGCGGCUCCGGUGGCCAAUUCCUUGCGUCCGAAAGCUUUCCUUUAACAGCGUUGACGCAGACCUCAAACCAUACGCACUAUUGCAGUGGUGCGCCCCAGCACGGGAACUCGAGAUGCGGUCUAUAUCGAAUCCGAGGCUAUACGUGCCACUUUUAUCCGGCCUAGGGGAGCUCAGAGUCGUCAGACUUGAUAGGAUCGCUUUCCAUCGUUUUGCAGACCUUUUCGAGCUUCUGCAAAGUCUAUCCUCCAAGGUUAAAGAUUUAACGAUUGGGAGUGCUGUCGGGUUCGCAUCCAUGCCAUCAGAGAACGACCCGAUCCUCUGGACUAGAAAGAGGAUAAAAUUAGAGAAACUUAGUAUCAGCACCUCUCUAGUUCUGGAGCUCCUGCUACGGGAAGACUCUCCAGUUGAUCUUUCGCAAUUAAACACGGCAGAAACGAGAAAUGUAGGGUCGCACACCAUCAACAAACUUGGCCGUCUCAGCCCUCGUCUUGUCAAGCUGGUCAUCAAGGAUCCUCCCUUGGAAUCAAACAAUGAAUAUCUUGAACUCCCAGCUAUUAAAGAAUUGACUCUUUCGUUCCGCGUCUUGGAGCGACGAUCCACGCCCCUCAGUACCUUCCUGAAACCUUCGGAUGCGAACUUGGAGGAGCUAACUAUAAAACUCCCAUUAGAGUUCGUUAUGGAAGAAGGAAGAGGCGAGUGGGAAUGGUUGGCGUUGGUGCUCUCACGGCGAUCGAAGUUGAAGAGAGUCAAAGUCAUGGCAUGGACGAGGCCAUGUAGGAUAUAUAAGUAUGCUGUGCUUAUGCUUAAUGAGCUUCGUCACAAGCUCGAGCCGUGGCGCCGUAGAAUAUUGGCGAUUCUGGCGAGCGAUCAUUUCGAGGUCACGAUGGAUGUUGCUCACCUGUCUUGAAGUUAUCAAGUGCUUUCAAUCAUCGAUAGUAUGCGUAGCACCAAUGUAAAAUUUCUACAACUUGGGAACCUUCACACUUUCGUG